AUUAGCAUAAAACGAAAUAUGUACAGUAUUUAAUUUGAAAUCAGCUUUCAAACCUUGUUGGUUGGUGUUUUGCGCAAUUUAUUUUUCAAGAUAAAUAAUAACUAAAGUUUUUGAAAAAAAAGUACAAUGUUUUCGCAUCAAACUAAUUCCGCAAACUCUCAACACCCCUACAAGUAUAUUAUUGCUGUCGAUUUUGAGGCGACUUGUUUUAGGGAUCAACCACGACUAGCUGAAUUAAGAAAAUCAGAAAUUAUUGAAUUUCCAGCCGUUCUUUUCAACUUAAAAACUGGCCAAAUUGAAGCACAAUUUCAUCAAUAUGUAAAGCCCAUUGAAAGACCCAUAUUAAGUGAAUAUUGCAUCGAACUCACUGGCAUUACUCAGCAAUCGGUAGACAAUGGCAUACCUCUGCAGAACGCCUUUAAACUGUUCGAAGAUUGGCUGCGCAAAGAAUUGAGAUCACGCAAUCUAAUGUUGCCAAAAGAAUCGAAGGAGAAUAAGCAGGGAAAUUGUGCCUUUGUGACAUGGAGUGAUUGUGACUUUGGCAUAUUUCUGCACAACGAAUGUCGUAGAAAAGGUUUGGUAAAACCGAAAUACUUCAAUCAAUGGAUUGAUAUGCGUGAAAUCUGCAUGAAUAAGUAUGGAAACAAAACUAGUAAAUUUUCAUAUGCCCUGAGUUAUGUAGGCGUGCAAUUUGUGGGUAAAAAGCAUUCGGGUAUAGAUGAUGCAAAAAAUUUAGCUGCCCUCACGCAAAAACUGGUAAAUAAUGGUGUUACCUUGAAGAUAACCACGGAUUUAACACCAACUGAAUGGAAUCUAAAUUGUUUCUAAACAAAAUGGAAAUUUAAAAAUUAUUUCAGGGAAUUAUUUAAUUAAUUUUAUAUUCUUUUUUAACUUUUUAUAUUUCAUUUUUAACUCAAACAAUACAAUUAAUUGAAUUUAUAAAAGUAACUGAAUUUUGUAAUACUUUUAAUUUUUUUUAUUUUUAAUCUAUACCCAGUAAGCACCAAAGCCCCAAAAAUUCAAGCACUUGAACAUUUUGUUGGAAUUUCACUUGAAUGCAAAUGUAAUUAUACUUUAGACAUGAAAAAUAUUUGAAAAUUUAUUUAUUUUUCAAACAAAAAACAUGGCAUGAAUUUAUGUUUCCUUUUUACUGGAGAAUGCUAUUGAAAUAAAGUGUAAUACAACUGUAUUUCAAUUGCUUGACUAUAAUUCAAGGCUUGAAUUACACUUGCUUUCAACUUGAAUUCCAGUAAAAAUGCUUAUUGGGUAAAACUUUUAUUAAUAAACUUUAAAACUCUUAUUCAUAA